AUGUGCAGUUGUCUGAACCUCGUGUGGCUCAAUGUCGACAAACUCAUCUUUAUCCAAUUCCCUCUUCACUAUUAUCAGAUUGUGAACCGAAAACGUCUUCUGUUUGUGUCUGCUGCCACGUGGGGAGGUCUCAUUGCCUUGAACAUUGGCCUCGUGAGCUUUUUGGAAGUUCAUGUAAGUUCGGAUUUUAGAGAGAGGAUAACAACAUGUUUUUUUGUUUCAGGGAAGCUGUCUGAUGACUAAACUGAACCCCUACGUGUAUCUUCUCAAUCCAAUAUUCUACGUCGUCAUGAUUAUCACUUCAUUUUCAUUGUCCGCUCUCAUCUACUGUAUCGCUCAUAACCUGACCCAACUGGAGGAGAGGCAACGAUCGGUACCCAUUUUCUACAGUAACCGAAUCAAUUUUCCAUUUUAUUUCAGAAACUCUUCCGUCGUCUCUUCUUCCUCUUCUCAAGUACCCUCUGGACGUUCUUCACAUGUCUUCCAUAUCGUCUUCUCUACUUGUUCAGCAACUUCUGCGGUUCCAUGUGCUACAAUUCAGCCUAUUUCUUCGCCACUACUCUCUUUUUCCGACUUUUGAUCGUCGGCAUCAUGAUCAACCCGAUCAUCACAAUUUGGACGCAAAGAGUGAGUGAUUAUUUAUUCUGAGAAUUGAAAGGAAAACCCAUUAACCUUGCAGUUCUAUCGGCUCCGUCUCAUGCGCGUGUUUGGUCGGCUCCGUGAGAAUAGCUCGACGGAGGUGUUGAUGGUGUCUAACCGACGUUCUUCGGAGCGACCACCCGAAAACACUCCGCUCCGAUGUGAUAUGUAG